AUGCCUCAUGACGGGGCAGUGAUUACCUCGGACGAUCAUGGAGUCGAUGAAGAAUUUGAGAGUCGAAAGUACGCAGACUUUACGACUAUCGACUGGAUACAAGAUGCUACCCUAGAACGCAACCGACGACUGAGAAAGUUGGACCAACUGCAUUCCAGCACCAUCGGCCAAUGGAGUAAGCCGUACACGAUAUCUUGGGCGUGGAAGCAACUUCAAAAGCUUGCCAUCUCAGGCCAGAGCUGGUUCGUCGUCUCCCUCGCUGGUGCUUUGAUUGGAGUCAAUGCAGCAUUAAUAUCUAUCACUACGGAAUGGCUCUCUGACAUUAAAAUGGGAUACUGCAAAGACGGCUGGUGGCUAAAUCAGAAUUUCUGCUGUUGGGAGAAUCAAAAGGAACAAGAUGCUGGAUGCGAUGCUUGGCACUCGUGGAGUGAUUUCGCCAUGGUCCAGUGGGUCAUCUACGUCCUUUUUGCGACCUUGUUCUCAUUCGUAGCCGCGUAUUUGGUUCGGGCAUUUGCGAGAUACGCAGCUGGAUCUGGAAUUUCGGAGAUCAAAUGUAUUCUCGCCGGAUUCGUUAUGAAAGGAUAUCUGGGAGCGUGGACAUUCUUCAUCAAGAGUCUGACACUCCCUUUGGUCAUCGCGUCUGGGCUCUCUGUGGGCAAAGAGGGACCCUCAGUUCAUGUCGCAUGCUGCAUUGGCUACCUGGUAGCUAGCUUCUUCGCUCGAUUCUCUCAAAGCCAAGGCAAAAUGCGGGAGAUCAUCACUGCAGCGAGCGCCGCAGGAGUAGCAGUUGCAUUUGGAUCUCCUAUUGGUGGCGUAAUAUUCUCGAUAGAGGAAAUGAACAACUCGUUCAAUAUCAAGACCAUGUGGAGAAGCUUCUUCUGUGCGCUCAUUGCCACCGUAACACUCUCAGCUAUGAACCCUUUUAGGACAGGGAAGCUUGUGCUCUUCCAGGUCACGUACGACCGAGAUUGGCAUUUCUUUGAAAUAUUAUUCUUUAUCCUUAUUGGUGUAUUUGGGGGUGUUUACGGCGCUUUCGUUGUCAAGUUCAACCUACAGGUUGCCGCCUUUAGAAGAAAGUAUCUUGGCAAUUACGCAGUAGCAGAAGCGGUAUUUCUGGCUACGUUAACUGCCAUGAUUGGGUUCUUCAAUCGAUUCCUCCGCCUUGACAUGACGGAAAGCCUGUUUAUCCUUUUCCGGGAAUGCGAAGGCGGUGGGGACUAUGAUAACCUCUGCCAAACCUGGGCUCAAUGGCGAAUGGCGAAUUCGUUGCUCCUUGCAACCAUGUUCCGUGUCCUACUCGUCAUAGUGUCUUAUGGGUGCAAGGUUCCAGCUGGUAUCUUCAUUCCUUCUAUGGCUGUUGGCGCGACUUUCGGUAGAAUGGUGGGAAUUCUCGUCAAAGCCAUUUAUCGCCAAUAUCCUGAAUCUAGCUGGUUCGCCGUAUGUGACCCAAACAUACCCUGCAUUACACCAGGGACAUAUGCUUUCUUAGGGGCAGCAGCCGCUCUUAGCGGUGUAAUGCGCAUCACGGUCACGGUCGUCGCAGUCAUGUUCGAGUUGACUGGUGCAUUGACAUAUAUCCUACCGACCAUGAUCGUCCUUUUAGUAACAAAGGCAGUGGGCGAUUGGCUAGGAACUGGCGGUAUUGCAGACGAAAUGAUCAAAUUCAACGGUUAUCCAUUCCUGGAACAAGAAGACAAAUCCUUUAAUAUUCCAGUGUCGCGGGUGAUGAGGCGACACUUGUAUACGCUUGCUGCUCGAGGGCUGACACUGGGCGAAGUAGAACAAAAGCUCGCUACCACCACCGUCCAUGGGUUCCCGAUUGUUUCUCCUGACAGUCAACGAGCUUUACUCGGCUACAUUGGGAGGUCUGAGCUACAGUACGUCCUCGACAAGGCACAGCACUCUGGGGGGCUGGAUCAAGAAACGCCAGUCGAAUUUGUGAGCGAGGCUCGAACCGCCGUUAUCGAGGCGGCAAGGGUCAGUCGAGAAGCCUCAGCUCGCAUAAUUGAGGUAUCGUCCCGGAAUACUGGGGCUCUGUCCUCAUCGUGGUCGGCUGGAGCCGCGCUAGGGAUAGAGGACAAUGAAAUCGAGCUCGGCCUGUUGAGCGAGGAGGCGGAGGUGGCAAGAGAUGGCGUCCUACGACUCGAACCUUGGGUGAACCAGACCCCAUUGACUGUUGGGCCACAGACGCCACUUGAGACUGUCGUUCAGAUGUUCAAGCGGCUUGGACCACGCGUUAUUCUAAUCGAGAAAUUUGGGACUCUUACUGGGCUGAUCACGGUCAAGGAUGUGCUUCGAUUCAUUGAGAAAGAAGAGCACGAACCGUCGUCGCUUGAUCGCAAUCAAAGGGACGCGGUCGAGAUAAUUCUCGAAGAGUCAUGGAUGUGGCUCACGGCGCGUUUUCGAUCACUUGUGACUCGUUGA